AUGUCUAGUGCAAUAGACCCUGAAAUUAAAACGAGUUUUGAUAAUAAUGAUCAUGAAUUAGAUUCAUCAAAUAUGUCAAAUAAUUCACCAUCUCAACCUCAAGAUCCAGAUCCAGAAAAACAAUCACCAGUCCAAACAAAUAUAAUUGAAGUCCCUGAUGGUGGAUAUGGUUGGUUUAUCGUUAUUGCAGUUUUUUGUUUUAAUGUUGCAACAUGGGCAUCAAAUUCAGCAUUUGCCAUAUAUUUAGCCCAUUAUCUUAAGGAAAAUAAAUUUGAAGGUGCUACUAAAAUUGAUUAUGCAGCUAUUGGUGGUAUAGCAUUUGGUGUUGGAUUAUUUUGUGCCCCUGCUAUAAUUUAUUUCAUUGGUAUAACAGGUCCAAGAACUUGUAUUAUUGUUGGUGGGUGUUUCCAAUUUUCUGGUAUUAUGUUGGCAGCUUUUAGUACUAAAUUAUGGCAAUUAUAUUUAACCCAAGGUUUAUUAAUUAGUUAUGGAUUAGCAUUUGUUUGUAUUCCUGCAAAUAUUUUAUUACCUCAAUGGUUUAGAAAGAAAAGAUCAUUGGCUCAGGCACUUUCAGCUUCUGGAUCAGGUGCUGGUGGUGUUAUGUUUAAUUUAGCAAUGCAACAUAUAAUUGAAAUUAAAAGUGUUAAAUGGGCUUUAAUCACCCAGGCUAUUAUAUGUGCAGUUGUCACUGGUAUUGGAUGUGCUUUAACUCGUACAAGAAAUGAACAUGUUAAACCAACAUUCCAAUUUUAUGAUAUAGAAGUUAUUACAAAAUUUGGAUUUUGGAUAAUGAGUUUUUGGAUUGCAACUACAUUAUUAGGAUAUGUUGUUAUAUUAUAUAAUUUAGCAGAUUUUACAAGAUCUUUAGGUUAUUCUGGUUCACAAGGUUCAAUUGUUUCUUGUAUGAUUUCUGUUGGUGUUUUCUUUGGAAGACCUACAAUAGGUCAAUUAUCUGAUAAAUUUGGUGCAGUUUCUGUGGCUAUGUGGGCUCAUUUAUUAGUUGCCAUUUUUUGUUUUGGUAUGUGGAUUCCACUUCGUAAUUAUGCAAGUGCUAUAGCAUUUGCCAUUAUUGUUGGUAGUUUAAUGGGUACAAUUUGGGCAGUUUUGGGGACCAUAGUUUCAAGAAUUGUUGGAUUAAGGAAAUUAGCUACAACAUUAGGUUCCCUAUGGGUUAUUAUUGGUAUUUUCGGUACUGUAUCACCAUUAAUUGGUAUUCAAUUAAGAUCAUCACCUGGAGCAGGACAAGAAUAUUCACCAAUUCAAUAUCAACAUCCAGCAAUUUGGUGUGGUGUUUGUUAUUUUGCCGCUGCGAUGAGUCUUUGGAUUAUGAGAGGUUAUUUAAUUGCAAGAGAUGAAAUUGCAGAAGAACAAAAUAGUCAUAUGGAUAAUGGUGAAUUACAUAUAAAAGUUCCAUUUAAGAAAAUUUUUGGUAAAAUGUUUGUCUUAUCAAAAUUAAGAAAAGUUUAG